UAAAUGACGAUAUCAAAUGUCGUGAUAUUUGAUAAAUUGCUCCCUUUGAUGUGUGCGCUCUGAGCACUAUUGCAGGCUGUGGCUGCUCGCUGUACGCAUGUCUUCUUUUUUAUUUAAUAUAUCAGCAGCGGCAGCAGCGGCACAAAUUUUGCUGUUUGCCUUUUACGCAUGCAUCUGGAGAGGGAUUGAUAGGACUAAUGGUAAAAACUAAACGGCACUGACAUGUAUUUAUGGAUGCUCGCUCUGAAUAACUGCUCUUUCGGACACAUACAGCUCAGUUUGGCUUCUCCACUGGGCCCAUUCAUUCCUUAUUCACAGGCGGAUUUUUGCCAAUAUGGCACGAAAAUGUUAAAACACAGGAAGUAUCUAUUUUUUAAAGGACACAGCUUUAAAAUGAUGAAUUGAUUUGACUUGUUUGCGGAGUAAAAAUGAACCUAUUUUGAUUUAUAGUUUAAGUUUUCAACAGAACUUAAAUAACUGGUUAUUUAUGUUUCCUUUACGCGUGAGAGCAAAGUGGAUUUCUGUAGUUUAAAAAAAAAAAAUUAUUCUUGGGGGCAUGAUUUGAUUUUGAUUUCUUAGAAGUCUUGGAAGUUUAGGGCAGCCUGACAGUUCUGCCUCCUUGUAAAUCAUUCUCAGUAAUUCCUGAAAGGGUUGCGAGGCUGUUGGGGGGCCGGGCGAAAACUGUAAAUCUUUCACUUUUAUUACCCUCUGAACAUAUGCUGCGACGCUACCAGUCCUGCAUCCCUUCUCCUUCUCCUACUUGAUCCUCUUCUUCAGCAAAGAGAACCCAUGCCGACGGUCUCUGCGGCUCCAAAAUCCUCCUCCUUUAAAUCCAUUCUGGCCUUUUUUUUCAGUAAAUUUAUUUAUUAAUUGGUAAUUAAACCAAGCUAUUAUUCAUUUAAGAUCUGUGAUUUAAAUGCUGAAAAACGGUGCAGGAGGAGAUGUGGCACUGUGACUCUUUGUGUUUCAGCAGUGUGUGAGGAGAGACUCAGCCAACACAAGAUGAUAAUGUGGUUUAUUUGAAUACAAUCCAUUCCCAGUUGCAAGAAAAAAAACCACAUGUCAUGUAUUUCAUUAAUCAUUUUUCUUUCUUUUUUUCUUUUUAAAAAGACACCUCGUUGCAAUCGUUUGUCAUUUUGGAUAGAGCCUGAAAUAGUACUCCAAAAUAAUAUAUAAAAAUGCUUUCAUGCAUGUGGAUGCUCGUUUUAUUGCUUGCACUUUUUUUUAUUGCAAAAUCCCUGUUAGAUUCUAUAAAUCAGUCACAUUUCUAGCAUAAGUGAGGUGAAAAUCCCUGGAUAAACUGUUGGAAAUUCGUGCGUAAAAUGCACAAAUCAUUUUACGCACACAGAUGCUGUAGCUGCAGUGCACUGCUGGAGGCUGAGAAUGUGUAAAUCUGUAUUAUUAGUAGUAGCCUCAAAGAAAAAAAAGAGAAAAAUAGAGCUGCAUAUCUGCUUGGGGUUUAAAUACUGGAAGUGGAGGCGAGCUGCAACACUCGAGGAGAUAAAACAGAAAUAGGCAGAGGGACAUUUUCACAUUCACACAGUUCAGAUGAGGAAAUAAACGCCACCCUUUAUCAAAAUGGAUUGGUGAGGUCAAGAUGGAAGCAGCGAUGAAUGCGUGAGGGACAUCAAACAGAUCUGCGCACAUUUCGGUCACAGACUGGAGCAACGGUGGGAAACACCAAUCACGUGAAUAAACAACACCCAUGCCAUUGGAUAGAGUUGCACUGGCUUAUUGGCUUUAAACCCACAAAAUGCAGAAAGCAACAUACUACGAUAACUCUGGGCUUUUUGGAGGCUAUACUUACCCCAAACCAGACUCUUACAACUACGGCCCAGCGCACCAGUCCUACCCUACUUCUAACAUCGAGAGUGACUACCAGGGCUCAGUGUGUCCCAUCCAGACCUCCACAGUCCGGCCGCCGGCCCUCAAAGACAGUGACCUGAACGGGGACUGCAUGCGGCAAAGCGGCAGCAAUCAGAGCAACAGCAGCAGCCAGGCGACCAGCAUUUCGGAGCAGCAGGCGCCUCCACUGUCCGCAUCCUCCCCGAGCUCCAACAGCUCUGCGUCCCAGAAGAAGAAGUCUCCAUCCAGCAGCGGCUCCAGCGCGGCCACGCCGGCCCUCACCAAGCAGAUCUUCCCCUGGAUGAAGGAGACCAGGCAGAACUCAAAGCAGAAGAGCAACAACUGUGCCACUGCAGGUAGAGAUCGCGGAGGUGAAGGUGGCGAGGUGAGUGACGAGAAGAGCCCACCAGGACCGGCCUCCAAACGGGUCAGAACUGCUUACACCAGCGCGCAACUCGUGGAGCUGGAGAAGGAGUUUCACUUUAACCGCUACCUGUGUCGCCCUCGGAGGGUGGAAAUGGCGAAUCUGUUGAAUCUGACCGAGCGCCAAAUAAAGAUCUGGUUUCAGAACCGGAGGAUGAAAUACAAAAAGGACCAGAAGUCGAAAGGGCUGGCGCACUCUCCCCUGGGACAUUCCCCGGACAGGAGCCCGCCGCUGAGUGGCCCAAAUCACAUUGGAUACUCUGGCCAGCUCCAGAACGUGAGCAGCCUCAGCUAUGACGCGCCCUCGCCCCCGUCCUUCGCCAAACCCCAGCAGAACAUGUACGGUUUGGCCGCGUACACUGCGCCCUUGGGCGGCUGCAUCCCGCAACAGAAGAGGUACCCGGGAUCCGAGUACGAACACCACGGCAUGCAGAGCACCGGCAGCUUUGCCAACGCCAAUUUGCAAGGCAGCCCCGUUUACGUGGGUGGGAAUUUUGUUGAUUCCAUGCCAGCCUCGGGCCCCAUGUUCAACCUCGGCCAUCUUCCCCACCCCUCAUCCACCAGCGUGGACUACAGCUGUGCCGCUCAGAUCCCAGGAAACCACCACCAUGGACCCUGUGAUCCCCAUCCCACAUACACAGACCUCACCUCUCACCAAGCGUCUCAGGGAAGGAUUCAGGAAGCGCCUAAACUGACGCAUUUGUAAUAUGUGGUUUCGUGAGUGCGUGUGCGUGCGUGUAUGUGUGUGUGUGUGCCAAAAUUACGUUGCGCUCUUUUUUAUUACCUCACUAGUCUAAUAACUACACUCCAAGCGAGUCAUGUGUAUUAUUACAGUAUUAUUGAUAUUACUAUUAAUGCUAUUGUGUAAUUAUUUUCUAAAUAAUACAGCUUUGUCCAUUUCUCUUGAAUAUUUGGGGAUGCGCAGAGGCACACUAGCCUGGUUGUCAAUAGUUCUUUUCUUUUGUUUGUUUCUUCUCAAGUGCAAUGCGCAAAAAAAAAUUUCUUGACUGAAUAUUUCAUGCCGUUACUUGAAGGUAAGUCUUGUAGUUCACGAAAGUAGAAGCUCAUCCUUAGAGAGAAGGAUCUGUAGGGGGGGGGAAUUUUCUGUCUGUUUGUUAGGAUCUCAUUUUCCUCACGGGCAUCCUAUUUAUUUAUGACUAUGAUUUGCAUAAUCUUUCGUACUAGCAUAUUAGCCUAUUUAUUAUUUAAUUACUUUUUGUAUUGCACAUUAUUUAUCGUUUAUAUGCGAGUAUUUAUAAGUCAGUGUGGAGAUUGUUGUAAGAUUGGACAGAUCAGUGCACUUGGAAAGUGUUGGCAAAACAGGGUUUUUGGAAAAUGCUAUGACUCGCAGUGUAUUGUUGGAAAAAGAGCAUUUCUAAUUGUAAAUCUGGGAUAAAUGGGGCAUUUUAUAGUGUAUAAACACCACUAUAUGUAUGUCCAUGGUUAAUCUUGUGUCAAACCUUAAGCAAAACGUAGACUAUCGAAGUAUCAAAAUAUUAUACACACCAGCAUGUCAUUUUGUGUAGUCCAUUGCUAUUCUUUAUUUGUCUUCCAUUGUUAUUCCAUUCAGUUGGAUAUCCAUAAAUUUAUGAAACCCUAAUGAUAUUGAAAUGUUAUAUUUUAUUGUGUUUAACAUUUUGUAAAUAAAGUGCUUAAACUUG